GAACGCUGAUAUUGGGACCAAAUGUUCUGCUGAUUUCAACUGUUUUGAAAAUUGUUUAGAUGCAUUAAUACAUAUGGGUAGUUUUUUCGGACACGCUGCGUCUGGGAUUUUAUUCAUGAUAUUGGCAUCAUGGUGGACAAUACAACGAACAUUCAAUAACUACUAUCGCAACUAUCGAAGGAUUCGUCGGAAAGCUAGACUGCCGUGUAUGAAUGUACCUUUUGAAGGGAUUUUAGUUGUCUUUUUGGCUCUUUCCGGCUUUAUCGGUGAACAAGUUUACAAAACUUGGAAGUGGAAAAUAUUUGAUAAUGAAGGUAAUUUUAUUUACUCAAAUAUUUGGCAGCAUUGCACUAUGUGGGCCGCUUUUGCGUUCUAUGGAGCUGCCAAAAUUGCCGUGGCAACCUGCUUUAAAGGCUCAGAAAGAUGGGCUCAGGUGUUCUUAACGUUCGCUUACUUUAUUGAAUGUUUGCUGUUUUAUUUUCAUCUCCACGGACGAACAGAACUGAACGUUCAGAUGCACUUGUUAGAGGUGACCAUUGUGUUUAUGUGCAUUCUAUUCAGUGCAGGUGAAAUAUGGCUCCCGGCUGACGAGGUACUUCCGUGGUUACGCACUUGGGCCACGUUUGUUCAAGGCUCGUGGAUGUUACAGAUUGGUUCAACGUUGUACCAUCCUCUACGUAGUAAAGAUUACGCAUGGGAUGAGGAUGAUCAUCUGAACAUCAAAUUCUUUACAAUGGUCUUCGCUUGGCACUGCAUUCUCGGAACCAUUGUGGUGGCUGUCCAAGUGUUUGUAACCAAAGUAAUCAUGAAAUAUAUGUGUGGGUUGCAGUAUUCGUCUACAUACACAGGAUUAGAAGACAAGGACGAAGAGGAGGAAGAACGGUUCAUCAUGGAAACUAAAAAUAACUUUAGUGAUGAAGAAUGUAAAGUUAACUGAUAUAAGCCUAACGGAAUAUUGUCCAUUUUCCAUUUUUCAUAGCUUUUUUUUAAUAGGCUUACGUGUAGUGGCGUAACAAAGAGGUCUGAGGCCCUGGUUAAGGCUUGCUCGUUUCACUAUUACCUGGAGGAAAGGCCCCGUCCGCUUAUACAGUAUUUGACGUUUUAGGGAGAAAGUAUUUUAUGUUUUUUAACACGUUAGUAGGUUAAAAAGGUAAAAAGACCCCGCUCAGCCAAUAUGUGGGGCAAACCAUGGUGAUAUCCCUGGGUCCUUUUGGUCAGAUAAAAGGUAGAGGAAGAAUGUUUUAUAAAGGAAACUAAAACAACUUCAGUGAUGUAGUAACAUUAUAAAUUUGCAGUGGCCUAUGGCAUAAUAUAGGUUUAUAAUUAUUAUAGACCUAAGUAUAUAACUUAUAUCCUAAUUAUGAGUUAUUUUGCCCUGCAAACGAACAGUUUCGUAACAAAAUGCAUACAAAUGGCGAUCGUCUGCAUGCCUAAUCGUUGUGUUACUCAUGAGAUGUAUUACUCAUGCGAUAAUCAAACAACGCAACGAUUCAGUUAAAAUUUAACUUUCGAGCAAACACGUUCGCGUGCAUUUCACCCAUGAUUUCACAAAGAAAUUUAAUUUAAGGUGAUAUUUAUUCAACCAUUGUGCAAAGAGAACAUUUAGUACAAAGGUCAAUUUCUAGAACAGUCUAGAAUCCGAAGCUUGUUUAAACUGCUCUUUAACAAUAAAAGGAUAGUAACAAUCAUUGAUACAUAUUAUAAUGAACAAAAAAACACAAGCAAAGAAAACAAGUAGAUGUCUAACAAUAUUAAGCUUUAUGGGUUUUUUUUUACACAAAAUGUUUAAACUUGCCUAGGAUACUGAAAUCUUUGAGUGUAACGUAAAUUCUACAUCACUUUAGACUUCAUAGUAUUUGACCAGCUUAGAUGCCUUUCAUUGAUGUUUGUGCUAUUCAUCGCUUGGCUCCUCCUUAUAUUAACUCAAAAUUAAUCAACAUGGCAUCCCAGAACUUCAUUUUUUCAGUUACCCAUCCUAAGUUAAAAAAUAAAAGCACGGUUUAAAUUACAUAAUUCAUCAUUUUUUGUAAUAUUUCUGCUUAUAUUUGCCAUUCUUCGUAUUCUUCUUUUUCCAAGGAAAACAUUUUCAAAGCGUACUAUGUACUUUCCCCUUAUUUUGUUAUUGUUUUUAUCUACUGAAAUUGUUCUAUGGAUUAUAUUUUAUGUUUAUGUAGUGUGAUUGGCAUUGCUGUAUUUUUUUGUCAUGAGGGCAUCAAUGUUCAACAUAGCUGGAAAAGCAGCACUGGAGAAAUUAAGUUAAACAAAAUAAAAUAGGGCCUUUUAGUUAAAUUGUGUUCCACAUAAUAUUUAGUUAAUUAAAAAUGGGCUUUUAGAGGCAAAUUGUAUAUGAAUGUUGCAUACGGUUCAUGGAAAUUUAUUAUACUGAAACAAGACAUUAAUAUUGGUAACUUUUUGUAAACCUGCCUAUAUUACACUCACACAUUUUUAAAAAAAAUAUCUUAGUUAUCCCCAUAUGAUAUUACCCUAUUGGAGAUAUUGAAUGAAUAAUGUAUUGCAAAAGAUGAUCAAUUAUGUUUUUCAUUUGACGCUACAUAUUACACCCAAUCGACAAAGUUCACUUGAUCUUUCAGUUUAUACCUUAAUGUGUUCAUAGUUAACAUUGAGUAGCUCAUCUAAACCUUUAGAGUAGCAGUAAAGUAUGCAUAGGUACCAGUAACAAAUUACAUUGAGUUCGUAUUCCAUAAAAGCAGAUUACAUCUCUCUAUAUUCAAUUUCUUAUUUUUUUUUAACGUUUUAUCUCUACGAAAUGAUGCAUCAAUGAUUAAAUAAAUAAAAUAGAUAUGCUUAAUAACCAGAAUGAAUAACUUAAUAAAGGUUUCGAUGUGAUUAACUUACUGAACUUUUUGAGUCACUAUUUUAAAUGAUUUACAAAUUAAAAUCAGAAACAACCAAAUGACAGAUAGGCCUAAAUGACGACGAUCAGAGCAAUGUGUGUUGUAGGCCAAAGCCUUUUGGGAAAUUAGAGGGACCGAUAAUGGGGAAUUUAAGUAAGAUAUCCCAUGUGGGGUUAUGAGACGAGCAGAGGUCAAGUUUAAGAUUAGAGGUUUCAACAAACAUCUGUAUAUAAGUGAGAGAUAAUUAACUCAAACGGGGUAGACAGCUGAGAGAGUUUGAGGUCAGAUAGAAUUUGGCAAUUUUUUUUAAAUAAAUGUUUUCAAUAUACCGGUA